GAUGCAGAGAUUUUCAUGAACCAAGAACUUUAGUUCAGCUGAUUCGUAAUUAAAUACAAAAGCAAACAAUAUACGUCAAACUUCAUUAACAGCACAUAGUUUCACCGAUAGCAGUUACCAUAAUGCAAGCAUGGAUCUAAUUAAAUUGUUUGCAAACUCAGGUCACUAGCUUUGCAAACCUAUAUGGAAAUGAGUCAUACACAGAAUAUCAUGGUUGCUUUGAUGUUAUGGGUUCUAAUGUCACAUAUGAUGUCACACAUUUAUAUGACAGAAUACAUCCAAGUAUAUGUGAAGUUUAUUUUCAAGUUUCAAACCCAAAGGACUGGCAUUCAGAACAAAUAGACAGCCAUUAUGAUGUUACAAUUGAAAACACUUAUUACUUGACCAAUAAGAUUGUAUUCAGUGGAAGAAUCAGGAGAACAUUGGUUGGAUAUUUCUUGUUGUCCAGAUAUCCAGGCGAUGGUCUGAUCCAGGAAUCUGAGGUGAAAGAAGCACUUACAAAAAUUGUUGGUUCAAUUACAAACUCCUUAAAUAAUAUGAAGCUACAAAAAGAUGUCACCAUUGAAAGUAAAGUUGAAUUAAGAGAAAACAAUCCACAUUUACGAGAGCGGCGUUCCAGAAGAGCAAUACUUGGUGAAACAACAGCAGGGCCGACCACACCUGGAACUGAAAUUACUACUUCACCACCAUUAAAUGAAACGACCACAAUAGAAACAACAGCAGAGCCGACCACACCUGGAACUGAAAUUACUACUUCACUACCAUUAAAUGAAACAACCACAAUAGAGCCGACCACACCUGGAUCUGAUAUUACUACUUCACCACCAUUAAAUGAAACAACCACCAUAGAAACAACAGCAGAGCCGACCACACCUGGAUCUGAUAUUACUACUUCACUACCAUUUAAUGAAACAACCACAAUAGAAACAACAGCAGAGUUGACCACACCUGGAUCUGAUAUUACUACUUCACUACCAUUUAAUGAAACAACCACAAUAGGUGAGCAAAAACACCAAGUUUUUUAUAUGAUUUG